UAAUAACGCAUUCACUGACUGUUGUCUGCCUGUGGCCUAACCAUGCAAACUAUAGCUUGCACUCUGUGUCAUGACCUCCCCCCGCACAGCUGGCUGACUAAGAUAACAUACACACUGAAACUCCCAAACAUAAACACACUCAAACCCCCUUCUGGAUGGGCUCCAAAGACAAAGAACUCUGUCGAGAACCAAUGGGAUACUGACACCAAGCUGGAGGGGACUGUCUAUCACCUACAAGCAACCUACCAGAAGCCAGGACUACCAGAAUCUACCUACGUCAUUUCAAUGUAUAAAAUGAACUGCACGACAUGUUACAGGCCUCUUCUUCCGAUAGUUCCCUAAGAACUAGACGAACGGGGCCGUGCAGCACGCUUUGCCAGAUAUCAUUACUCUUGAAUAAACGGCCUUUACUAUACCUUAUCCGCCUUGUCCAGAGUCUCAACUUGGUCUCGUUUCUCAUGUAUCUAUUCAUCAACAAAUUGGUAGCAGAGGAUGGUUUAAACCCAUGAAUUCGGUCCAUAGAGAGUUGAUGAGAGAAAAGACAAGUUGACGACAGAUUCUAGAAGACGGGCGACCUGUCUACAGGAGCCAUCGGGGAUUCAACUGGAGGCCUCUCUCUGUUCAGGUUCGCAAGGUCCAGGAGAGAGAACUGCCGGAAGCUCCAGCACCACUGAAGGUAAAAGUUGGAGACUGGGUAAGGGUAAAGGUCCACAAGAGAAAGUGGCUGGAACCCAGGUGUACUGGUCCGUACGAAGUGAAGGAGGUUACUUCACACUCAGUCCAGGUCAAAGGUAAAUUGGGCGCACCUUGGCACCACCUCACACAUUGUACACCAGCUCCAACCCCUUCCCGCACACUGACGGAAGUCAGAACUGACCUAAGUGGUCUACAUUCGGUCCCAAAUUCUACAUCUAUUUAGCCAAGGAAAAUGGGAGGUUCAGCCCCAUACUCCCUGACUAAAUCACACCUUUCCCCCUGGGAACGUUUGGGGAUCUCGGGACCCCUGUUUGUCAUUUUUCUUCUCAUAGGAGGAGUCACUGUAUGCACACUCACAUGGCUUAUAGACCAACGGAUGCACCCACUACAGAUUCACACACUGAAUUCUACUCUGCCAGGUGAAACUAACUCUCUCUCUCUUCCCUCUUAUCUACCACAAGACCAUACCGUUUCUAGGCGUGAGGUGGGGGUCACUAUAAGUGCACCCCCCAGGAGUUGAAGAGCACCACCUUGUGUUUGCCUUUCAAUGCCACCACCACCGCUUACCUGCCUUGGAGCCUUUUGGGUCAUGCGCGAAAUAGUCUGGGCCUACCUGCCUGGACCUAUUCCAGUUUUAACUGGUAUAUAACCAAAGGGGGAUAUGGUGAGUGGUCUUGGAAAAACCUGGUGGCGGAAACAGGAUAUGACUGGUCCAGCUAUUCCAAGGGACGGGGUGUCCUUGCCUGGCGCAAACGGCUUACACUUUCACGCACUGGUUUUCAAAUAAAGCUGAUUGUACGACCUGGGACCACUAUGGGUUGCCAGGUUUUUACGUUGGCCCCAUAUGUAGAUAUCAGCAGGGCUGAAGUCUAUUUCACACUAUAUAUCUGCUUUACGCCACAACCACAGCCUACUUCUGUGACGGUGCGUGACGAUAUGGCAAAGCCACAUACCCUACCCCAGCACAGGGAUGGGUGGGGUUCUGCUGUUUUAGUGGUCACUACCCCUACCCCGGAUGAGAACAUUCGGGUUGCUACAGGUGUCUCAGGUUUGUCUAACAAUUGGUUAUUAUUGACCGAACAAGCGGCCAAUACAACCCCCACUAGUUGCGUAGUUUGCAUGGGUGCCAGACCAUUGCUCCGCAUUGUCCCGGCCACUGUCGAGAUCAGAUGUUUAAUGCCCCUUAUGGACAAAGACAAUCCGACUGGUAAUUGCUCCUUGUGGGAUGCAGUUUACCCUGUUGUCUCCGCUACGGUCAGGGCACCAGUAUUUUCCUCUGAUGUUGCCUGGGCCGAAUUCUCCUGUAUUAACAUAACAGGGGGUAUACUACAGUUAGGUUUGCUCCCUGAGGGUUGGUGUACAAAUACUAUCGUAGUAGUUGGUGGUUUUAAGCCAGUGAUCGGGGCUGACUUCUGGUGGUGGUGUGGGGGACCUCGGCUUUUUGACAGAACUCCCAAUAAUGCUACGGGUACUUGUGCGCUGGUAACACUUCUGCUGCCUAUCUCUGUUUACCCUAUAGGUGUGGGUGAUUUGGUGACCCGGAUACAGGCUGUGGACCCACAGUUUCUGCCUACCAGAACCAAGCGGGAAGCAGCCCUGACUGUUGGGGAUCCCACGUAUAUUGAUGCCAUAGGUGUUCCUAGGGGGGUCCCUGAUAAGUACAAGCUGGUGGACCAGGUCGCCGCAGGUUUUGAAUCAUCUCUCUGCUGGUGGUGCACUGUGAAUAAAAAUGUUGACCGCAUUAACUAUAUACAUUUCAAUGUCCAAAAAUUAGGUAACUGGACUCAACAAGGUUUUGAGGCCGUACAUGGUCAACUGGCUGCCACCUCCCUUACGGCUUUUCAAAAUCGCAUUGCCGUUGACAUGUUGCUGGCUGAGAAGGGUGGGAUAUGUUUUAUGUUUGGGGAGCAAUGUUGCACAUUUAUCCCUAAUAACACAGCCUCUGAUGGCAGCCUCACUGUGGCGUUAGAAGGCCUGCGUACCCUUAAUGGUAAAAUGAAAUCCCACUCUGGGGUUGAUACCAGCAUGUGGGACUCCUGGAUGGAUGCAUUUGGUAAAUAUAAGGUCCUGGUCUCUUCUAUUCUGGUCUCUAUCUCUGUGUUUGCUGCUAUAUUAACCCUUUGUGGCUGUUGUUGCAUCCCAUGUGCCCGCUCCCUGCUCUCUCGAGUUAUUACUUCUGCUAUUGCACCAAAUAAUGACCCUGCACUGAUGUUCCCCCUCAUACAACAGGAGGAUCCUCUGGUGGAGUUUGAAACAUGCACAUAUGAGUAGUUUUCACGUCUCUUUGGAGACGUGAAGAGGGGGACUACAAUUUUCCUGUUCUAUUUUUUCUUACUUUUAGUUUUUGUCACGUCUAUUCAGACGUGAAGAGGGGGAUUUGUAAUAACAUAUUAACACAUGUAAUAACGCAUUCACUGACUGUUGUCUGCCUGUGGCCUAACCAUGCAAACUAUAGCUUGCACUCUGUGUCAUAACCUCCCCCCACACAGCUGGCUGACUAAGAUAACAUACACACUGAAACUCCCAAACAUAAACACACUCAAACCCCCUCUGGAUGGGCUCCAAAGACAAAGAACUCUGUCGAGAACCAAUGGGAUACUGACACCAGGCUGGAGGGGACUGUCUAUCACCUACAAGCAACCUACCAGAAGCCAGGACUACCAGAAUCUACCUACGUCAUUUCAAUGUAUAAAAUUAACUGCACGACAUGUUACAGGCCUCUUCUUCUAGUAGUUCCCUAAGAACUAGACGAACGGGGCCGUGCAGCACACUUUGCCAGAUAUCAUUACUCUUGAAUAAACGGCCUUUACUAUACCUUA